AUGGCUCGACUUGACGUCGAUCGCUUUGGUGUUCCACAGUAUGGUGGUGAGCCCGAGCUGUACGAAGAGUAUGCUGAGAGGGGCCACUCCGGUCCACCUGAGGUCCGGGCUGACAGCUGCAGCCUACUCUGCGGCCUUAUCACGAAGGGCUCCGACGGCAAGCCCACGGAUAAGGGACUCCGCCUCUUGCUGCAGACCCUGAAGGACAACAUCGAGCAGGAGGCCCCGGUGAAGACCAACGAGCUGUUCUUCCAGGCCUUCUACAGCCCCCACGUGUGGCGCAUGCAGGCCGAGACCAUGCAGCAGUAUAUCUUGAGGCGCGAGCAAGACUUCAAGAGGCUGGAGGAAGUGCUCGCUGGGGCGAAGAUUCCGGACCACAUCCGGGCGAUGAUGCUGCUGGCGUUCGGCGGCUUGGACAGCCGCGAGCAGCUCAACGUGCUGGCCUCGGUGAACAACGAGUACGACUUCAAGAAGAUCGGCCACGCACUGAGGAUCCAGUACCCCACGUGCUCGGGAAAGCCGGUGUUUCGGCGUGACUACUUGGGCAGCUCCCGCUCGCAGGCUGCCUCCACCAUGCUUCCCGCCAAGAACCGGCCGCGCUCCUUUGGAAACCGCGCGCCAAAGGGAAAAGGGCGAGGCUACGCCCUGGCCGUCGAGGAGGACGAGGUCGACCCCGACGAGGUGUACGCCGACGAGGGCGACCAGGAGUACGACGAGGAGGCCUUUGAGGGCGGAGAGGCAACCGACGACGACCCCCUGGAGGCCAUGGUUCAGGACAUGGACUUCGAGGACCAGGAGCUGGCAGAAGCGCUGGCCACCGUGCUUCAGAAGCGCAAGGGCUCUGGUGGGCAUUCGGGCGCCAAGGGUGCCCCACAGAGCUUUCCGUUCCGGGCCAAGGGCGAGAUGACGCUGGACCAGAAGGCCAAGGAGACCCGCCGCAAUGCCGUCAAGUUCUUGAAAACAGUUACCCCUUGCACGGCCUGCGGGCUGAACGGGCAUUGGGCGGGCGAUCCUGAGUGCCAACAGCCCCGCAAGAGCGGAAAAGGGGGCCAGAGCGCCUCUCCUAAGAAGCGGCCGUUCGCCAAGAAGAAGACGGCCGCCUCCUCCACCUUCUUCGUGGACGGCACGGACGACGCGGACCCGGAGGCCGAGGUCUUCAUCAUGGACGUUCUCCCGGCGCAGACCACCAAGUUCGGCGUCUUCUCCAACCUGUUCGAGCUUAACGGUGCCGAACCUGAGGCGUUCAUGGUGCUCCGUGCCGAAGAACUGUGCCACCACGCAAGCUACAACGGAGGCGAAGAGAAGAAGUUCCACCGUUCAGCCAACGGCCAUGUGAGACAGGUGCUUUGCAAGGAGGAUGAUUGCGACCGGACGGUCAUCCAGGCACGAAGAAAGGAGCCGGUGGAGCUAUGGAAGUUCCUCACCUUGGUCGCUUUGGGGACAAAGUGGGGAAAGAAGGCCCGGCACCGCGUGUGGCUUCAGACCCUGCACCGCGCCGAGCUCGAAGCCGCAGAGGCCAAGAAGCCUCCCCCGGCGACCUUUCAGGUUCGCCUCCAGAUGGGUCACCCGAGCACACUGCCGCAAGGUAGCCAGGAGCCGGCCUUCACCUCGCCACCUCCUUCUUGGACCGUAGUCAACGACAACCCCGGCUACUCGACACCUUCCUCGCUACCCUCGACAGCAUCCGCCAACCCGCCGGUGGCAAGGAUCCUGGCCGCCGAGGACCUCGACAUCCUGCAGGCGAUCCCCGCCGAUGACCACAUUCUUGGUGCCUCGACUCCGUUUGCUGGCAGGUACUAUGCCGACGUGGCUUCUUCUUCGGAGUGCUCUUGGUGGUGCUCCCAGGUGGUCGGCUUCGCCCUCGGCAACCAUCCCAUGCGUCCCGACAUAUACGCCUUCGGGUUCUACUUGUACGGCCGCUUGACUAUGGUAAAGGAGGCGGUCGUGCGGAUGCAAGGUGCCGGCCAGGACCCGAGGAAGCGGGUGCACCGCCCCUUCGACAUGGUCUCUUCAAGGCAGAUACGCGUUCCCGCCGCCAUGGACCAGCACCGCCUCGACAUUACCACGGAGCAGGACUGCGACGUCAUGAUGGUUGGUCCGAGCUCCUCUGGCGACGCUUCCGGUGACGACGUCGUUCCCUGCUCCUACGUGGCGUCUGAGCUCGAUCCGCCUGGGCUGGCCAUCUUGGACAGCGGGUGCACCAAGACGAUGCACGGCGAAGCCUGGGCAAGACGCUUUGAGGCCGAGCUCACCCGACUGGGCCUCACCUUUGAGACGAAGGCCAAGACGCAAGUGUUCAAGGGGGUCGGGGGCCAGAUCCGGAGCGAAGUGGUGAAGGUCUACCCCGUCGGCCUUGCCAAGGUACACGGCGAGAUGUGCAGCUCAGAGGCUCCGGGACCCCUGCCGCUUCUGCUCUCGCGCCCCUUCAUGGAGGAGAUGGGCACCGUCAUGGACAUUGGCCGGGGGACCGUCAGCUUUACGGCCCUUGGCGUGGAGGACCUCCCGCUCGUGAAGACCUCUCGCGGCCACCUUGCCGUGGACCUUCUUGACUUCAACCACGACGGCCUGACUGAGACUUCCGAGCAAGAGGCCCCCACCGAGAACGACACCGCGAGAGAACAGGACUGGACCCUAGUCACAACCACUGCCGGCGAAGCCACUUUGGCAACCACGGCCGGCGGCGAGAGCGACUCCCCCAACCAAGGCUACAUGACACAGGAAGAGAUCUACCGGAUGCAAGACCUAUGCCUUGGAGGAGGAGAUGGAGACGAUCCGCCAGUUCCCGAAGGAUGGAACCCCGACGAUUGGAGCGACCAUCUUGACCACCUCCGCUUGUUACGGCAAGAUGUGGAAAACUGGGAGGAGGAGCAGCGCAACGGCCAGGACGGGCUCUUCCUAGAGGACGUCACCGAGGACGUGGCCUACUUCGAGGAGGCCAUGGUUCUCACCCCACAGGCCUUCCGGAGGGCGACCAACAAGAAAGGAAAGAGGCUUGAAGGGCUGGCCUCGGCGGUGGAUAGCGAUGACUUCGUCUUCAGGCGUGCCCUCUCUGGAAAGGCCCAGGUGCCCAACAAGCCCCGUGUGGGUCGCACUUGGGUCAAACAACUGUGGGGAAUGGGGGCCGGGCUGAGCCUCCUCUGCGUUUUGGCAGGCAUGGCCGUGGCCACAAUGCCCCAUAACACCGCGACGGGGGACGUCUUUAACCACAGGGCAAAGCGUCAGAUCCACCACGACUUCCAGAUCGAGGACCCCUACGUCACGGUAGCAUGCUUGCCGCUCCCCUUCUCUGCGACACGGCCUGGCAGCAAGACCGUUUUCUUUCCCAAGGACAGCCACGAGAACCACGACAAGCAGACCGCCUUCGUGGAGAAGCUCCUUACCUCCCGCAUCAAGUCAAGGAGGCAUGUGGCUCUGGUGUGUCCCAAGCAGUGGGGCUACACAGCCGGCCCGCAAGACGAGGAGAUUUACAAGAUGCUGGAAGCUGGCGACCUCAUUGCUUUCGAGGCUGGCGGCGAGUACGGCCUGAGCUUCCUUACUUCCCUCGUGACUGUGGAGAGCGCGCUGCAGGGCUGGAACCCCAAGAAGGGACAUUGGCUUGAGGACCGCGGCCUUCACGAGGCCAUCCUGGAGGCAGUCGUGCAGCAAGCCGUUGUCGAGGAGACAGCCGUCGAGGAGGUCAAAGAGGCCUUUCCUUUGGAGCCCGCGUCCCUUCGGAUGCUGAGGAAGCGUAAGAAAGGACGGGUCGCCACCUUGACGGAGCAAUUCAACGCCCCUCCGGUCUACAUCCGCCCCGGCGACGUUGAGCCGAUCGCCCCUGACGACGCCACGGACCGCACCCUGGCCGAGCUCAUUGAGGAACCCACCGGUGCCGAACACCUGCGGUAUGCGGCCAAUGGCGACGAUGCCUCGCACCGGGCGAUCAUGGCUGACCAGCUCAACCCCGUCUUGAGCAUGACCGAGUCGGAGAGGAGACGGCGAUGGCUGGACCUGGACCCCGAGCUGCGAAAAAUCCUCAGGCAGCUCCAUGUGCAGUUCGGGCACCCCACCAACACGACCCUCCAGCGGAUACUUCGGAGGCAGGGUGCCCAGCCAGCAGCCAUAAAGGGAGUCGACUACCUCGCUUGCGAUGCCUGCGGAGAGUCACACCGCAACCGACGACCCAAGCCGGUCCGUCUCCCUGGCAAGUACGAGUUCAAUGCCCACGUGCAGGUCGACGUUUUCUACGCCAAGGACAUCAACGGCGUGCUCUUUAGCUUUCUCAACAUUGUGUGUGAGGCCACUGGGUUUCAAGUUGUGUCUUGCAUGGGAACGUCGCAAGGACCGCCGGCAUCUACAGCCGUCCUCCGCCACUUCUUGACGUCCUGGUCAAACUGGGCAGGACUACCGGGAAGCCUCCAGGUCGACCGCGGCAAGGAGUUCAUGGGUUCUUUUGCUGCCUACCUUAAGAGAUUUGGGGUGGAGCAAGAGGUUAUGCCUUUGGAGGCACCCUGGAAGAACGGCAAGGUCGAGAAGGCCGGCGGCUUGUGGAAGGAUGUCCUCAGCAAGGUCGUCCUGGAGAUGCAAGUGAGCGGCCUCCGCGACAUGACCGUGGCCACCGCGAUCGUCACACAGGUCCGCAACAGCUUUCCGAGAAGCUCCGGUUACGCCCCAGUACAGAGGGUCCUUGGCCGCCCCGACACCAAGCUUCCCGGCAGCCUUCUUCAAGAAGGGGAACAAGAACGCCUAGAGAUCCUCGAGGCAGCCGAGGACCCAAGCUCAAAAAUGGCAAGAAGCUUGGGAAUGCGAGAGGCAGCAAGGGUGGCCCAGAUCAGACUCGACAAUGAUGGCCGAGUUCGCCGCGCCCUUUUGCACCAGGCGGCUCCUACACGAGGUCCUUUUCCAGUCGGGAGCUACGUCUACUUUUACCGGGCUCAGAUCCCGCCAGGCGCUUCCAGGACCUACCGCUGGCAUGGACCAGCCCGGGUCAUUGGCGUCGAGAUUCGCAACCAACGCCGGCUGGAACACCCGGAUCCGCCAACUGACGGCGGGCAACCUCACUCCUACUGGCUCCGGUACGGCGCGAGCGUGAUCCUGGUCACUGGUGAGCAACUGCGCUUUGCGAGCGAAGAUGAGCUCUUGGCUGCCCACUCGGUACCUGAACAAACCAUGGCGCCUGCCUACGCACGGGGAGCAAAGGGGUACAUGGACCUGCGCUUGCCGGCGACAAGGGUACCCGCGGCGAUGCCUGAACUUCCGACCGCGACACCAGCCCCCUUGAGAACGAGUACGGCACCCAUGCCGGCUGCAACCGGGAGCUCCGCGAGACCGCCACCUUCAGCACUGGUGCCCGGCACGGACAUUGUGGUUACGCCCGACCUACUACCUCCUGUUCCCGAGGACGACGAAGGGCUACUUGACGCAGAGCCCGGCCAGGAAGCACCUCUGGAACCACCGCAGAAUCCAAGGACGGGCGAAGGGGCACAGGCACCAGGCCUAGAAGCACCGCUUGAACCACGGCAGAAUCCAAGGACGGGCGAAGGGGCACCAGGCACAGACGCCAACAUGGACAGGCAAGCCUCCACAGUGUCAUCCGUUGAGCCAGAGCCAAUAAUGCCUAGUACACCCCUGGUCGCACCAGCUCCAGCACCGAGCGAACAACCACAUGUACCACCAGCUCCCAUCAAUAUGUUUCGAGAUCCUGACCGCUUAGAUGGCUACAGGCCGUCCCGUGGGUCUCGGCCGGAGAGCUCGCGACCAUACUUCGCGGAGGCGCUGUCCUGGGAAUUCCCACCAGUCUCCCAUACAGUCCGAGAGCAGCGUUUGCGGAGAAUGGUGGAUGGAGAGGAAGAGUACGAGCCGGACACCACCGACGAGGAGGAUUAUGAGAGCAUGUUCGCCGACCUCACUCCGGCCGACAUCUUCUUGACGGGCAAGGCCGUCCGCUCGGAGAUCAAGCUCAAGGACCUGAACCCCGAGGAGAAGAAGAAGUUCGAGGCCUCUAUGGCCAAAGAGUGGGCCUCCUGGGAGAAGUUCAACGCAGUGGAGGUCCUGACGCCCGACCAGGUUGCGCAGCUGCCGGGCGAUGUGCGCAUCAUUGGAACGCGCUGGGUUCACACCGACAAGAACCAAAAGCAGAGGCUCCUUGCUCUACACGUUCGGGGGAAAACCGGCAAAAGCAAGGAGCAGGUACUCAAGGAGUACCCAUUCGCAGCCAAGUCCCGGCUUGUGGUGCAAGGGUGUCAGGAGGACUCCCGCGACAUACGCUCAGACAGCCCCACCGCAAGCCUCCUCGCCUUCAAUCUCCUUUGCGCCGUGGCUGUGAUGAACGGUUGGGAGGUGGCUGCCAGUGAUGCCUCAACGGCCUACCUCCAGUCUCAGGGGAUCAGCAGGCUUUUGGUGCCAAGGGCACCCAGGCCACCACCACCAGGGCUCGGGCCGAACGACCUUCUCAGAGCAAAAGGGUCUAUCUAUGGGACCCGCGACGCCGGCCGGCAAUGGUGGAAGAAACUCUACCGUUCCCUUUUGGACCACGGGUGGAGGAUGUCCCGCAUCGAGGCCGCCUUCUUCAUCCUGGCCGACGGCCCGCGCUUGUUGGGGGUAAUGAUCUCCCACGUUGAUGACCUCUACAGCGCAGGAGAAGGCAAGGCCUACGAGGACACGCUCACCAAGUUAGAGGGCGAGCUGCACCUGACGAUCAAGAGAGGUGCCUUUCGGUUCUGCAGGAAGAACAUAAAACAGGUCGACGGCGAGAUCUUUAUCGACCAGAUGGACGCCAUCGAGGGGAUCGACUACAUGGUUCUCCCGACCGACCGCCGCAAGAACGUCAAUAGCCCCCUGACGGAGCCAGAGAAGACUGCCUUCAGAGGGCUCAUCGGGCAGAUGGGCUGGGUGACCCGGCAGUCAAGGCCGGACCUGCUCGUGAAUGUGAGUCUGGCCGCCCAGUCCGUGAGCAGCCCCAAGGUCAGCGAUGUAGUUCGCUUGAACCGUGCCGUGAAGAUGCUCAAGGACACCUCCGAGGCAAAGUGGUGUUUCAGGAAGAGCGACCUCAAGCUUAAGGACGCCGUCGCCUUCGUCUUUGCAGACAGCAGCUUUGCCAACGUGGAUGGUUCAAAGAGUCAGUGCGGCUACGUGGCUGGGCUCACUAGCCCCGACAUCGUGAAUGGAGGGCCCGCGAACGGCUUCCUGAGCGGCGCAGCGGCAGCGGAAUAUAUUCGCUCCCUUCUCCUGGAGAUCAACCACCCCGACGUGACCGUCCGGGACCUGGACCAGCACUACGUGAAGAAGAAGAUUGCCUGCUUCACGGACGCGCGCUCUCUCGAGCAGACCUUGAACAAGGACGCCGGCCAGCCCCAGGACAAGAGAGUGAGAAUCCUCAUUGCCCAAGCCCGGGAAAUGAUCGGGGAGAACAACUAUGAUGAUGAUGCCCCCGGCUUCGCUACGUGGGUGGAUACCUCGCAGAUGCUUGCAGAUCUGCUGACGAAGGAGAACUGCGAUAGGGAGCCCCUUUUGCAAGCCCUCGCCCAAGGCGUAUGGCAGCUCGAGCCUUCGGACGCGGCCAGAGAGCGAAAGCUCCUGAUCCGUGCGGGAAGGCAUUCGCGAAAGGCCGCCAAGCAAGUGCGAGCCGAGGACGGGUGA